AUGACUGACCAACAGUCUUUUAGAACUCGGUUGGCCACGUUCAUUGAGUUUUUGGACCCUAUCGCAUCGACUGUCCAAUCCUACAGCCAGCCCUCGAAACAAUUCAUCAAACAGAAAUUAACCAAUGGUAAACAGAAGCUCCAGUUUAGAGAUCAGGAAAUUUCGCCUCAGUUGGCCAAUUUCAAGCAGAAGACGUUGAAGAAGUUAAAAACUAUUGAUAAGCCCUUACAAUCAAUUUUCUUUCAAAAUAGCUCAACACUUGAAAAAUCGUUUUAUCCAUUCACUUUGUUCAAUAUAUUCCUGAUCGGGUUCCUCAUCGGUAGGUACCCUCAAUAUUUCCACAUUUACUACACUGCUAUGCUAUGUUUGUUGAUGCCGGUGCGAUUUUACACUUACUACAAGACGAAUAAUCAUUACUUCCUGGCAGAUUUAUGUUAUUUCGUUAAUGCGAUGUGCUUGUUAUUUAUUUGGGUACUGCCAUCAUCUACACAUUUGUACCAGUCAUGUUUUGCCUUCACUUUUGGUACUUUGUCCUUCGCCAUAAUCACGUGGCGGAACUCUCUUGUCAUUCAUUCGGUGGAUAAAAUCACAUCCUGUUUCAUCCAUAUCAUGCCUCCAUUGACAUUGUAUUGCAUAACGCAUGCAAUCACUGAACAAUUCAAAUUGCAAAGAUUCCCAGCUGCUGCAAUGAAAAAUUCCAAAUCUUGGAAUUUGAAGACUAAUGUGUUCUACACUUCGAUUUACUAUCUAAUAUGGCAAUCGUUGUACCAUUACUUUAUCACUUUGAGAAAGAAGCAAAAGAUCAAAUCAGGGCAGCGAAUGACUAGUUUCGAGUAUUUGACCUCUCAUCAGUAUAAGAACUCAUGGGUUGUUAAGUUACCACCACCACAACCGAUGAUACUUUACACAUUAUUCCAAUACUGUUACCAGUUGGUGACUAUGAUCCUUUGUGUGAUAUGGCUCAACAAUAGUAUUGCAGCUGCUGGCUUCCUGAUAUUCAUCUUCCUUCAUGCGGCAAAGAACGGUGCUAGUUAUUAUGUCGAUUAUUACGGUAAGAAGUUUGAGAAAGAGGUUGACAAAUUGAGAAUUCAAGUAGAAACGUUGGAGAAACAAUUGAGCAAUAAAGGCUCUAGCUCCUCAGUAGCACUGGAUGAAUCGGAUUCCGCCAGUAUUGCUUCGAAUCAAAGCGAUGAGUUAACAUGGGAGAUGAAAAUUCCAACCACCUAA